ACCUGAGAGGACUGGAAGUUCUCCAGAGACGGAGGAUAACAUGAAAACAGCAGGACAGGCAGAGACUGCACUGUCUAAGAGAUGGUGAGGGGUGUCAGGACGAGGACAGAAUCUGUUUUUCCCCCCCUUGUCACUGGUCAGAAAAUGAACAUGUCAGCAAGGGUUGUGUUUGGAAAGGGGCGCCUCACUCCCAAGCAGCUCUCCUUCGCUUUCCCUCAGACAGAUUCCCUGAGGAAAGGCAGCCUGUCCGCAGGAGGAAAGAGGAGGAUGUUCUCUUUUUCUCUCAGAUGUCGACUGGGCAUCAUCAGAGGGAGAACCAAAGAUGAAGGACCAUACUCAAAGGGGAGCAAGGAGUCCGGGGCAACUGACCAAUCGUAUUCGUCCCAGAGGCGAAGCUUUUCAGCAGAGGAGUGCCGAGGAGUGACCACAGUGGACCUGAUGAAAAGGGAAGGCAGCAGCCUCGGCCUCACCAUCUCCGGAGGGUCUGAUAAGGACGGCAAGCCCAGAGUGUCAAACCUACGGCCAGGUGGGCUAGCUGCCAGGAGUGACCAGCUGAAUGUAGGAGACUACAUCAAGUCAGUGAAUGGCAUCAACCUGUCAAAGCUUCGCCACGAUGAGAUUAUUAGCCUGCUGAAGAACAUUGGGGAGCGAGUGGUUCUGGAGGUGGAGUACGAGCUGCCUCCAUUCGUCCAGAACCCCUCAGGAGUCAUAACCAAAACCAUAGAUGUGUGUUUACACAAGGAGGGAAACAGCUUUGGGUUUGUCAUGAGAGGAGGCUUCCACGAGGACUGGCGCAGGUCUCGUCCUCUGGUGGUUACAUAUGUCAGGCCAGGCGGUCCGGCCGACAGAGAGGGAACUUUGAAGGCCGGAGAUCGAGUAUUGAGCAUAGACGGUAUGCCUUUAAACAGAGAGAAGCACGCUGACGCUCUGACCAUGCUGAUGCAGAGCAGCCAGGAAGCUCUGUUCUUGAUUGAGUAUGACGUCUCUGUCAUGGAGGCUGUGCAGCAAGCCUCAGGCCCUCUGCUGGUGGAGAUAGUGAAAGGUCUCUCGGCCAGCCUGGGGAUCAGCCUCACCACAACAAUAUACAGGAGUAAACAAGUUAUUAUUAUUGACAAGAUAAAGGCAGCCAGUGUGGUGGAAAGGUGUGGAGCGCUGCAUGCAGGUGACAUCCUCCUAUCUAUAGAUGGGACUGGCACAGAGCACUGCUCCCUGAUGGAGGCCACGCAGCUACUUUCCAGCACCUCUGAUGUUGUAAAACUGGAGAUUCUCCCAGCCAGUCAGAGCAGACUUCCUGUCAGGCCCCAAGACACCGUAAAAGUGCAGAAGAGCAACCAUCAUCACUGGGACCAAAGCAGCAACUACUGCCAUCCCCCACAUGCCAGCCACGGCAAGACAUGGAGCAGCCCAAGCCACCCACACAACCAGCAGGACCACUGCAAAUCUCUGGUGAGUGGUGGCUUCUCCCCUUCCUCCACAGCCACCUCAGGCUUUAGCAGCCAGGGUAGCAACACGCUGCCCUGCCCCAUCCCUCCGAUGGCUCCCAACAGCCCUCGCAGCUCAACUGGCAAGAAGAGGAACAGGAAGAAGGACCACAAGAGCUCACUGUCUCUGGCGUCCAGUUCUGUGGGCCCAGGGGGGCAGGUUUUUCAUGUGGAAACAAGUGAGGUCGUCCUGAGGGGGGAUCCGCUCACAGGUUUUGGGAUCCAGCUGCAGGGGGGUGUCUUUGCCACAGAAACCCUCUCCGCUCCCCCAGUCAUCCGCUUCAUUGAGCCUGACAGCCCAGCUGAGAGGUGUGGGCUGCUGCAGGUUGGGGACAGGCUGUUGUCCAUUAAUGGAAUCCCGACUGAAGAUGGCACUUUGGAGGAAGCCCAUCAGCUGCUCAGAGACUCCGCUCUGGCCAAUAAGGUCACAGUGGAGAUUGAGUUUGAUGUUGCAGAGUCGGUGGUUCCGAGCAGUGGCACCUUCCACGUUAAACUACCUAAGAGGCGAGGAGUGGAGCUGGGCAUCACCAUCAGCGCAAGUAAGAAACCUGGCAAGCCCCUGAUCAUCUCUGACAUCAGAAAAGGAAGCAUAGCCCACAGAACAGGCACUCUAGAGCCUGGAGACAGGCUGCUGGCCAUAGACAGCGUGCGUCUGGAGAACUGCACCAUGGAGGACGCCAUGCACGUCCUGCAGCAGGCCGAGGACAUGGUUAAACUUCGAAUCCAGAAAGAUGAGGACAACAUUGAUGAGUUGGAGAUGUCCGGCUCUAUAAUCUACACAGUUGAGCUGAAGAGAUAUAACGGACCACUGGGCAUCACGAUUUCUGGCACAGAGGAGCCCUUUGACCCCAUCGUCAUUUCUGGCCUCACCAAAAAAGGCCUGGCAGAAAGAACCGGGGCCAUCCACAUAGGGGACCGAGUCUUGGCCAUCAAUGGGGUCAGUCUGAAAGGAAAGCCAUUGAGCGAGGCCAUCCAUCUCCUGCAGAUGGCCGGGGAGUCCGUCACCCUCAAGAUCAAAAAGCAAGCCGACCAGUCUGAUGGCCGGCAGCUUCGGGACCGAGAACCUGCGUUUUUAAGUGACACAGAAGAUGAACUGACAGACUCCCAGAAGACCAGUAAACACUCAGAGGUCUACUCUGCCACUGUGCCCAGUAUAGACUCUGCAAUGAGCUCUUGGGAUAGCUCAGGGUUUGACGCAGGCUAUGGUAGCCAAGGGACAUAUCUUCAUAAAGCAUCCGAUAUAUUGCUUAAUCCCAAUGAGUGGCGACGUACAAAGCACAGGAGCCAAACCAGUUCCAGCUCUGCAGGCCUAGUCCACCACUCGGCGCUGUAUGAUGGGAGAUUCACUGAGGAUGAAUGGGACAACCUACCUGGAUACGCCAGCCCCCCUCGUUGCCAUGGCACCCUGAACCAGGAGGACAGCUUCUGGUCCCGGGCUCUGCAGGACCUCGAAACCUGCGGCCAGUCGGAGAUUCUCAGGGAGCUGGAGGCAUCCAUGACAGGUAGCGCUCUUAGUCUGUACCUAGAGGAGACCAAGAACAACGAGGACUCAGUGUUUCAGUCUGAAAUUAGUCCCAUUAAGAGGGAGGGAAUCCAUGGCGAGUCUAAGAACAAAAGCAACCUGAACAUGUCAUCUGGAGCCAGAGACGUACCAUCCCGGGGCAAAGGGGACCCCUCAGAUAUUUUGUCCCCUACCGCCCUGGCACUGCACAAGGUGACUAUGAGGAAGGACCAUGAGAGCCAUGACUUUGGUUUCAGUGUAUCCGACGGGCUCCUGGAGAAAGGAGUUUAUGUCAACAUGAUCCGCCCGGAUGGCCCUGCUGACCAGGCAGGGUUAAGACCUUUUGACCGAAUUCUUCAGGUGAACCGUGUCAGGACCAGGGACUUGGACUGUUGUCUAACUGUGCCCCUAAUUAUGGAGGCAGGAGACAGCCUGAACUUGGUCAUUAGCAGGAAUCCACUGGCGGCAGCAGACACUGGGCUGCCCGACGACUGUGACGACCCCUCAAACUCACUCUUCUGCUUUCCUGAGCGCAGGACCAACGGCAUCGCCCUGUGACCACGACGACCAACACUAGCUUUUGAAACACUGUAGCGCUGGACCACACACACGGUUAAGUUUGUCACAUGGUACCCCUCAGACAGACCUUUUGCGCAUGUUCAGCACACAGAGCUUCCUCACACAUGCGCAAACACAAACAGCCACUCUCUGCCUGAAAGCAUCUCUGACUCACAAGUGCAUGUGUUCACUACUGCAGGGUUUUAGUCACUGUGUUCACAUGAUGCAUUUCAGAGAAGGCUCUGGCUUCAGGGCAGCAAGCCCCCCACCCCCUACCUUUCCUUUCCACAGGCAAAGCCACAUGCAGGGUUAUAUAACAGGGGAGUCAUAGCCUCUGACUGAGCCAGGACGUCCACACGCCACCGCUCUGGAGAGAGUCAAAUGCUGCACACACUCUGCAUAAAUUCACCAUAUUUUGCUUUAAUGAGCUUCAUGUUCCCAUUGAAAGAACACUUGCCCUCACCUUUCUUUUUAUUGUACAGUUACACACAAGACACAUGCGAUGCUUUAAAUGCAUUUUAAACACACACACGCUGACACACAGGUUAUGGAUUCAAGAUUACGUGCACAUUGUGCUUAUUUGAGUUACUUCAGCCACGACUUGGCUCAUUGCCCUCAUUUCCAGUCUGUCCUGCACACUGCCUGCCCUAGAGAAUGGACAGUACCUCCAAAUAGGCAGAAUGCCCUCUCUACUUGCCAAGUAUCAUUAACUUAAAGCCUCUCAUAUCUUAACACCAGGAAUUCUUGUGAAGACACACUAACCUUUCUGUUUUAAAGUGCUUGUCCAUUAACGGAUCAGUAGUUUCUGAAUGGUUCCAGAGAGACGUCCAGUGUUAAGAGGUAAUUUUGUGUGUUUGUGUUUUGUUCCUGACUUGAUCACUCUGCCACAAGUUUACAAAGAUGUUAAAUUUCACAUUCUGUUUCUAAUAUUGCAUUUGCACACAAUGCACAUUUCUGUUGUGAUCUAUUAGUUCAAACCUCCCGGGUUUCGCUUUCACGGAGUCUCUACAUUUGACCCUGCACUAGAAUAAUUUAUUGAUUUGUUUGUGGUCCAUCACUGAUGCUUCCUUAAGUGAAAUACAUCCUUUCGGAGGAUGAAAUGCCUUUCAGUGAAUUUUUUUGUUUGUUUGUUUUCACUCCACAUCUGACUUUAUUAUCAGUUUUAUCCCUCUUUACAGUAGUUGGCUUUCCUACCAGUGUUGAUAAGCAUGUUAUGCAGUUUGUCCUCAGCAAGUAGCUUUAAGUUAUUUGAGAGUGCGCUUUUUUUUCCUUUUUUUUUUUA